CUUGUCCUUCAGCCAUGGAUUUGGUACUGCCGCAAGGCAUCAUUAUUAACGCUACUGAGGUCUAUACUCAACUGGCUAGUUUAUCGGUCGUUUCCUCAGAGGUAUUAUGGCAUUACUGGAACGCAUACACGGUGAUCUCCAAGAAACUUGGUGGCGAUCCCACUCACCUCCGCCUAGAGAACUUUUGGUGGCAUGUUUGGGGCAGCAAUAGGAGGAAGCUUUCCGGUCCCACUCUCGCCAGGCUCUAUCAAGACAUCUCAACCGGUCCAACAGAUGUGCCUCUCGUGGUCCCAAAAAGAAGUCGUGAAAUGCUAGAGAGAUCCAAGGCCCUUCUGGAGCAGAUUAACGCGAAUGGACAGGAUCCGGCAUCCACACAACAACUGGAGGAGAAUAGGGUAGAGGGCCGUGAUGUUACGGUCACAAUGAAAGCACCAACCCCAUCUUCCUCAAGGCCACCUCCGCCACACCCGAUCCUGAAAAAGCAUAGCGCUCCCGUACCAGGACCUCGACAUACUGCCAGAUUCGCUUCACCACCACGUGCCGGAGAGGAUGUGUCCAUCACCAAGGGCGUGCCAGAGCCGUCAGCAAUGCCGCCUCCGCCAUUACCGACUGCGAGAAAGACAAAAACAACAGCAGAAUCUCCAACUACAAUGAGACCUCCGCCGCUUCCAUCGCCAGCCAAGCCCGAAAAGCCCGCCGCGCAAUUGCCUAUUGCGCCUGCAGGUGGUAAAGCUAGCAAGCCUGUAGCCGCCCGAAAAAAGGUCGUGGCGAAUACAAAAUUAGCAAAAAGACGGCCGGUAAUUCCACGUAGGACAAGUUCACAGUCAUCAACUGCAACCAAUACCCAACAGCGUAAGGUGCCGGUGACAGCAGACCAGUCACAUCAAAGUACUCGGUCGCCAACUGUAGAGGAAGAGCCCUUCCAGGAGUCUCCUCCCUCGAUUACAGUGGCGUCCCCAACUUCGACCUUGGUAGAAUCACCGUUAGAGGUCCCGGUCCCAAAGGUAGCAGAGGUGCCGGCUUCAACGUCAGUAGAUCAUUCCUCUCGGAGCUCGCAAGGUGGCUCAGUAUUGUCCCAAGACGAGCAGAGGGCGCCGAGUGCUAAGGCAGCCGGAAAGAGGCCGGCGAGGUCUACACGAAGACCUUCCUCUGGGGGCAUUCUACCUGUAACUAUCGGCUCCCAAGAGCGGCGACCAUUGUUCGUUAGUUCUGGGUUCAUGCCUGCCCGGUCUCCCAGCUUACCUCGUAGUGAGCGGAAUAUUCCGACGACACAGGAGGCUACGAGGAGGAAUAGUGUGGAAAAGAAGCCACGUCGUGCGCCUGUUGCUGGGUUCGUGGCUGAUCAUGAUAGUGGAAGUGACACGCCCUCACCAGCGAGAACACGCACCACACGUGUCACCGAAGAGUCUAUAGUUGGUUCACCUCGGCCGCCGCUCAGAGUCCCGUUGUUUUCUCAAAGGAUGUCAGGGGAGCUCCCCUAUUCAUCACCACACGCAAUGUCUCACAGGCUUUCCGGCGAGAUUCCGAAUGUACAGGCCUUGACCGAGGAACCCACGACACAGGUGUCCGACACCACUGUUCAGGGGCAGUUUGACUCCGACGUGAUAGCAACAUCGUCUUUGGUUGAAGCCCGAGAUAUACCUGACUUUGUGUCGCGCCGGUCGAGGCCGUCGCCCUCGCUUCUCCACGAAGCAUUCUCCCCAACACCUCCAAGCACCACUCCAACGAUUCCCUUUGGCAGAUCGAAGAGCCAACUCACGCUACUGUUGGCAAAGGAUAAUCACAGGAAGGUGAAGGAAACCCGUUAG